CUUGUAAGUGAGAAACCACACUACAAAGGAAAAGGCAAGUUGUCUAAAGUUAACAGAAUAAGGCUUAGCACUGCAGUCAGAUGUGCAAUUAAAAUGCGAAGUGCAACAAAAAAUCCACGACAGUUAAGGAAAGAUAUCUUAAACUCUGUCUAUCAUAUAUUAGGCUUCCACAAAUUGUGCAGUGAUUUCUGUCAAAAACGGCCAGAAAAAGACAGUAGUACAGAUGAAAAUAUUAUUGACGAUGAUACUUUUGAAAGUACCUUUGAUGAUAUCUUUGAAGAACAAUACAAAUACUGGCAAAUACCAUCAGAGGCAGAAAUGGAAGAAUCAAGAAGAGCCAUUUCCAAUUCAAACAGUUUAAUCGAAUUGAAAGAAAUGAUUGCAGAUGUCCAAGUGAUUUUGAACCGCGUGGCAGAUAAGUCUGAACGCUUGAUUGGCAAUUUCACGACAAAUCUUGCAGAAAGUUGGAUGGCAAUUAGAUCUAAGUUUGAUGGAGGGAAGGUUAUAAACAGAUGUGGACGUGGUUCGUGCAAUACUCGUUGCUACGGUGGAGCACUGAGAAAAAAUCUUGGCAUUGCAUGGUCACCAUUGACUUUUCAAACUGUAACUCGUACUCUGGCCGGUGUUUAUUUUCAUCAAGGGGCAAGGAAACAGGCACAGAAAAGAACAGCUUCUAUGAAGUACAAAUCUAAGCCUGAUAGUAAAAACAUCAGACGGAAACGUAAAUUACACAGUUUGAAAGAAAGCUGCUCUAAGAAGGCUAAAUUUCACUAUGGUAGUCAGCUUAAUGAUGCACCGGACGUUCCUGCUGAUAAGUUAUCUGGUAUAUGCCAAAGAUUCUAUGAAAUGCGAGUCCACAAGAAUGAAACAGAAAUUGCGGAUUUACAGAAAAACACAGUCGACCAAAGUGCAAGCCAGUUAUGGAAAAAGGAAAGACAUAUCCGCCUUACUAGUUCAAACUUUGGUAAAGUGAUGAAAAGAAGAACAAGCAAUGUUUCUGACAAUAUAGUCAAAAAUAUGUUGUACACUCAAUUUAGAGGGAACAUGUUUACAAUACGAGGAUUAGAGCAGGAAGCUAACACAAUUAUCGAGUACAAAAACCAAAAGAAAGAUGUAUCUGUUGAAAAAGUAGGCCUUCAGAUUUGCUCUUCUCUUCCUUUUCUAGCUGCAUCAACAGAUGGUCUCAUAACAGAUGAAGAUGAAAGUGGACUUCUUGAAAUAAAAAACUUUCUUCAAACAAACAAAUAA